AUGCGUAACGACGAGUUUCCGACAUGUGAGUUCCAUACGAGGAUGCGUAACAACGAGUGUCCGAAGUGCGAGCACCAUACACGUACGCGUAACAACGAGUGUCCGAAGUGCGAGCACCAUACAAGUACGCGUAACAACGAGUGUCCGAAGUGCGAGUACCAUACAAGUACGCGUAACAACGAGUGUUCGAAGUGUGAGCUCCAUACAAGUAUGUGGAACAACGAGUGUCCAAAGUGCGAGCUCCAUACAAGUGUGUGGAACAACGAGUGUUCGAAGUGCGAGCUCCAUACAAGUAUGCGUAACAACGAGUGUCCGAAGUGCGAGCUCCAUACAAGUAUGCGUAACAACGAGUGUCCGAAGUGCGAGCUCCAUACAAGUAUGUGGAACAACGAGUGUCCGACAUUCGAGCUCCAAACAAAUAUGUGGAACAACGAGUGUCCGACAUGA